AUAGCAGACUAGGUACCGGUACGUAGAUGUAAGCUGCGAGGUAUAGUGCAGCGCAGCGCAGGCAGUGUCGUGAAAAAGAACUGAAACGCGGAGCCGGAGACGAAGACGAGGUCAGAUUACUUCAAUCAUUAAGUUCUCGAAUAGAAGGGUCAGAACUGUGAACGUCCGUUAUUUCAAGAAUGGAACAAAAUACGCUCGCAACAAAUUUCAUUAUUGGCUGCAUUUUCUGGCCAGCAUCAUUUCAUUUGAUAUGGUUUCUGCUGUCUUUCGUACUUUCCGACACAAAGGCCUGUGGAUCUGCGAUGCGACUGGUGUCUAUUAUUCAUGCUAUCUUAGCAGCGGCUGUGGGAACUAUAUCGGUCAGGGCUACACACAAAGACAUCAUUCAAGAUGAUCACUGGCUGUUAAACUACUUUGCUGCAUUUGCCUAUCCGUACAUGCCAUACGACACUUAUGCCAUGUACCAUGCCUACAUACGGGAAAGAAACAAGCAAGAUCAACCCUUUUUCACAAGAUUGGCAUCAUUUAUAAAAGCAUCAAAAUUGGAAGUUUUUCAUCAUGCAAUCUCCACAUUCCUGGGCUAUCCCAUUAUACUACGCUAUCGUCACAACAAAGGAACCUUUAUUGUAGGAUGUGUCUACAUGACAGAAUACAGCACACCAUUUGUAAACUUGAGAAAGAUUCUUAUCAAGAAUGGUUAUGGGUCCUCAUUGAUGUUCAGUAUCAACAACCUUCUUGUCCUGAUAAUGUUCUUCCUGGUGAGAGUAGCUCUCUGGCCUGCAAUGUAUGUCAUCUAUGCUAUCAACAAGCAGCAAACAUUCUCUCAGGUCUUAGUAAGUGUUCCUUAUGGGUGCCACAUAGCUAUGGCAAUAGUGAUGGCUCUCCAGACAUCAUGGUACGUCAUUUUCUGCCGUGGAUUCUUCAAGGCACUUGGGAAAAGCCCAAAGCAAGAUUCAGUCAGUACAAAGCAGGAUUGAUUCUGUCCAGGAACUUUCGCCUGGUACCCUUUUCAUAUAGCUUGUUUUAAACAGUAAUUGGUAGUGUUUAAACAGCAAUUGUUAAUGUCUACUAAAAUCAUGUAUUUUGAUUGGAUGAUAUUAGAUUUGUUGUAUGCAUUUAACGUUUGAUAUUUAUUACAUGUUUUAUGAAAUGGGGGCCCGGUGCUUUUUCGUAAACCAAAAUUAUGGUUACAUAAUGUAACUUUGUGUGUGGAUGUUGCAAUCUUGCACAUUGGUAUUAUUAAAUUCAGAUAACUUAAAUAUUGUAGGUCAUAAGGUCAAUCAGUUUUAGUCUCUUUAACAUAAUUUUCUUUCAUUUUUAUUCUAAAUGCAAGUACAUAUCAUUGUCGUGUAAAUAUUGGUUGUGUAGAUAUAUUCUUCUUUUCAUGAAAAGUUAGGACAUUAUUUCAGGCAUCUCAAUUGGCAUUCCAUAUACAACUUAGCUUGUCAGGUUUUUCAUAUCUUAACAAGCAAUUUUGUGAAACAGGGUACUGGGAUACCCCUCUUGGGAAUGUAUUUCUCAGUUUGAGGAUGAAGGAAUAGAGUUUAUAUAGGUUUCAAUCUGCCUUUUUAGAAUUUGAUUGAUUGAUCAUUUAUAAUCUUCUUUAUUUGAUGAAUCAUAUAGGUAUAUGAUACUUUACUGUACCUAUUAAUCUGAUCUCUACCUUAUUAUUAAAAAAAAACAAAGGAAAGAAUAAAGGAAAAAAGUGGAAAAAUAGAAAGAAAUGAAUAAGCUACAAAGAAGGAGAAAAGAUAAGGUUAAAAAAGGAGAAAAAAUGAAAGAAAAAAAAAAAAGAUGUAGAAGAAUUAGAAGAAGAGAGACAUGAAAAAAAAAAAAGAUUUUCGAGAAAGAUUUUUGUCUCUGUAUUGUACAUACAAUGAGAAAGAAAUCAAACCAUAAGAUAUUUUCAAAUAUCAAUAACAUUUGUUUGUGGGGUAGUGGAUUAAAUUGUGUCCAAAUAUGCAAAUUAGGACAAGAAUUAUGUGCUGCCUAUAUUUUGAAAUAUGAUUACAACAGUAAUUUAGAGUAUAAAAAGGUUAAUUGCCCUUGGAUAAGCUUUAACAUGGCAAUGAAUGAGGAUUUUUUAGGGCUCUAGCGUUUCGGGGGCUAAAUCGCCCAAGCCCCCAUAUAAUUUUUCCGCGUAUGUUUCUAUUUCUAGCAUGUUUGAAUAACAAGCACUUUUGUGAUACAGGGUACUUGUAUACUCCUCUUUGGAAUGUAUUUCUUAGUUUAAGGAUGAAGGAAUAGAGUUUAUGAAGUUUAUCUGCCAUUUUAGAAUUUGAUUGAUGGAUCAUUUAUAAUAUUCUUUACUUGAUGAAUCAAUAGGUAUACUGUACUACAAAACUGAUCUUUACCUUAUUGAAAAAGACAAAUAAAGGAAAGAAGAAAGAAAAAAAGAAAGGUGGUAAGGUAGAAAGAAAAAAUAAGCUACAAAGUAGAAGAAUAGAAAUGGUUAAAUGGGAAAAAUGAUGAAAGAAAAAAAAUAAACAAAGAUGUAGAAGAAUUAGAAGAGAGACAUGUAAAAAAAAGAAAAGAAAUA